AAACAGUCUCCCGGAAGGAUAAAAAAGAUGGAAGAUCUUCUGGGGAUGCAACACUCCAGCCUCCCUCUGAAGUAUCUGGGCUCUUACCUUCAUAAAGGAAUAAACAGGGUUACUUAUUAUGAAGAUAUUAUUAAGAAGAUUGACAAUAAAUUAUCAGCAUCGAAGCAGAAAAAUCUUAGUCAGGCAAGGAGAGUUAUCCUUAUCAAACAUGUUAGUAAUACUAUCCCCAUUCAUUUCAUGGUUGUUGACAUAUUUCCGAAGAAGGUUAUUAGAAUACUUGGAAGGAAAAUGGCUCAUUUUUUUGGGAUCAAGUACUAAUAAACAACAUUAUCAUUGGAGGAACUGGAAAAAGUUGUGUCUUCCUGUUGAGGAGGGAGGGAUUGGAAUUAGAUUGCUAUCAGAUAUUGAAAAAGGCCUUCUCUCUUAAGCUAUGGUGGAAGUGGAAGCAAAAUACUUAACUUUGGGCUAAAUUCUACGGAGUAUAAUGCUAGGUAAGCAAGGAAUGAUAACAUGAUACCCAAAGUUACCGAUUCCUGCAUCUGGAGAAGAAUAUGCAACAUAAACAAUAGGGGUGAGAGCUUAUCUGAUAUUGAUGAUAAUGGCAAUAUUAUCUGGCUACCAGAGAAGGAUGGUCACUUUUCCCUAUCAUCUGCCUUUCAUGAUAUUAGAUGGAGGAAGUCUGGUACCCUUUAUUCUCGCUGCAUCUAUAUCUAUAUAUAUAUUAAGUGAGUUAAGUCUCUUUCCCGCUCAUGCUUAAGAGCAUUUACGUAACUACCUAUUAUUUCUAUUAAACGUAGCUGAAAUGCCUCCGAGCCUGCUCUUUCUUCUUACCCUUCUUACGGUUCCACCUCUUCUUCAUCUUCUCUUAUCCUUCCUUCUUAUUCUAAAAUCAGUAUUGUUUUUUAAAACAAUGAAAAAUCUCUUCUUUAUCUCCUCCCCAACCUCCUCAUCCUGGGAAUCUGGGAUCUAAGAUUUUAUUUUCAAAAACUUUAAAACCCCUGCUUAUCGAUUUUGGAGACAAAUUUCAACUUGCUUCCGCUCACGGCUUAUGGAGUCCAUCUCAAUCAUUCUUCGCAUUAUUGUUUAUAUCAUAAUCUAUUGAUUCUCUAAUGGAUACGAAGGCAGCCUGCGAGAUACCUGCUCGUCUGGAAACUACAACAUCGUCAAUGUUGCUUUCUUGACCGUGUUUGGGAGUGGUCAGAAACCGGUCCUGAACCUAGCUGGCCAUUGUGAUCCUGGCUGCAAUGGGUGCACCGGCCUGAGUGCCGACAUCAAAGCAUGCAAGAGGCUGGGAAUCGAAGUACUGCUCUCCCUGGGAGGUGGCCAGGUGGGGUUGGCACCCAUUCCCUUUCUUCCGCUGAAGAUGUCAAGUAAGUUUUACUCCCUAUGUCACCAAUUAAGAUUAACCAAGUUUGACUUCCACUUAAAAUUAUAAAGGACCCCCAUUUGUAUUUUGAACCCGUGUAUUUUGAACCCCAUUUGUUUGCCCUUUUCUCUAAAAUCAUAUUAUUUCAUAUAUUUAACCAAUUUACAUGUUUAUAAUGAAAAAUUUCUUAUAGCAAGCUGAGCAACCAAUGUGUAAUUGGAUAAUUAUUGUAAACUUAUUUCAUACAGACAGUUUCCAUAAUGUGGACAAACAAUUAAGGAAAACUUGAUUUUUUUUCAUAUUGCUUAUCAGUAAAGUUCUAUAGAAUACUUUAAAUAGAUUAUUCAGGCUCUCAUUCAAUAAAUUUAUCUGCUAAGCCAAAAGUUGCAUUUCAAACACUAAGACUUAUCUGCUAAGCCAAAACUUGCAUUUAAGAGAGCUUAGGAAAACACAGUUUAAGUUUCUCUUACUCAAGUUGAGCAUUCUUAAUACUAUUUAUCUAUCUAUACUAAAUUAAUCCACUUAAGUAUCCCGCCUAAAUUCAUAUACCUUUGCGUCAAUAUACCUCAACUCGAUCGUCUUCCCCUUUUGCUAAAAAAUAUGGAUUUUUGUGAUACGGCCAUCGCUCCAUUCCUAUAUUUUAUCAUUCUCAUAAAAUUAUCGAAAGUCUCUCUAAUUGUUGAAGCAGAUGACUUGUGAAAUUUCUCUCAAAUCCUUCCUUCUGCUUCGCAAAUCAGAGUUUCUAUCAAAUUGUUGGUGCAAUCGACACCAUGAAAUUUCUCAAAAACGAUUAUGACUUCUCUUUGUUGAAAUGUAAUUCUUAGUUUGAGUUUUUAACAAUCUAUAAUCUAUAAUAAAAGAAAUGUGAAUCAAUGCCAUUGAGAAAAUGGUCUGUUUUUAUGCUCUGUUUGCUCACUUCAUUUUAGAUCUAUAUACGAUUUUUUUUAUAAUGGCUAGAACUAACCACCUCAUUCAAAGUUUUGUUGGGUAUUCUUUUUUACUUCGUCUAUACAUUUCACAUAAUGUUUUUGAGGAAUCUGCAUCCUAAAAUAGAUGAUUAUUACAAGUUAACUUACCAAUAUAUGCUCUUUCUCAUGUGAGCUUUUGUAGAUUAUACUCCCUCCGGUUCUUAUUAAAGUUCCCAGUUUGACUUCACACAUAUUAAGAAAAUGAAUGUGACUUUACUGUGGAAUGCACUGUUUGGCACUGUUUGGACACUGUUUGGCACUGUUUGGCACUGUUUUGCAUUGUUUUGUUUCCUAAAAUGGAAGUGUGAACUUAAAUAAGGGACAUUCCAAAAAGGAAAGUGGGAACUUUAAUAAGAACCGGAGGGAGUAGUACAUCAAUACAUAAAUUUCUGAAGCAUGAUAAUGCUAGGAAUCACUAUUCCAAGACUUAGAUGGAUCCCUGAAUGUAUACUUUUAUUUUAUGAGUACGUACUGAAAUGUGGUGUAUAAACUAAGGAUAAAAAAGUGACCUAUUUAGAUGCUUUAUUAGGAACCGUGAUUGUAUAACCCAAGAAAUGAAUAAUUAUAUUUUCAAUUCUUUCUCAUGGAAUGACUAUUGUUGUACUUAUAAUCCUUUAUGGUUUCAUGGGAAUCUAUAUUGACAGCAUACCGGAUUUAAGAUUUGUUUUGCAAUGCGCCUUUAUAAUACCUUUUUUAGCAUACUGAUCCAUGGUAUUUAGUGCCUCUGUUUGGAUGUAUUACUUUCAUUGUCAAUUUACAGGUUUUAAUGAAAUUUUGCUUUAUUUUGAUAUUCCAACCACUAAGAGAGCAAUGUUUAUUACAUAUAUAUCACUUAUUCACUUCAUUUUAUAAUACAUAUAUUUUUCCCUCUAAUUAAUGUAUGUAACAUGCUGAGGAAUCUCACUGUUAGGUGAUAAGUACAUAUUACAACACGCAUUUGAUGCGUGUUGGGGUUGCAUUUUGAUAGUUUUCCUAGUUUUAAGGUGUUGCAAGUCUCAAUUUUAACUCAAGUUAUGUUUACCCGGCGUUGGUUCGAGUUUUGUGUCAUUUGGAGUCAAAAUCAGGAUUUUAGACACCAACACCGGCGCUUGAGAAGCAAUCGGGACGAGUUGAGAAACAUUAGAGAUUGAUUUGAGAGCUUUGGAGUUCACCGGGAGGUUUACGAUGAAGAGUUGAAGAUAAAAGAGCUCUAGGAUUGGCUACGGGAUCAAAAGAAGACAAAUAGAGCUUGAAAAUGACGAUCAGGAUGACCUUCUGUUAAUCAUUCAAGCAUAUCUCCUUGUAGAGACAUCCAAUGUACACUUUUCAAGUUCCAUAUGAAAGCCAACUUCAAGGGCUACAAAUCAUGCGAAGACACCUUUCCGAGAAUCUGAUAGGAAGAAUGUGAAAACAGACGACGAAGUCAGAUGAUCCCUGUUGCGAUUUCAGAAUGAGACAUUCCACCAUUUUAUUCAUAUCUGUUGAUUGGAUGAUUCAAAUACAAUUCGGAAAAUUGGGGUGGAUAGAGGACUUCAUUAUCUACAACUUUCAAGAAGGAAGUAAAGUCAAAUUCGGACGUUUUACCCAAGCCGUGCGUGCCCCGUUUUUGUUUCCUAAUUUAAGUGCGAAUUUCCUUGUUUCCUAAUUCAACCCGAAUUGCUUUGUUUCCUAUAAAUAACACCUCUCUAACCCUAAUUAAAGGGGGAUCUUAGAGAGAGCCUUAGGGACGAAAUUUCUUCUACUUUUCCAUCUUGUUUUUCAAUUCCCUUGGAUUAUUUGUAAGUUCCAUCUUUUUAAUUAAUGACAAUUAAUUCUAUUCUUCG